GUGUUGUGUUGUUACUGUAGCUGUGUGCUAACUUGUGGUAUCGUCGUCGUCGUAUUAUUGGUUGGUUGGUGGAUUCUUUGUGAAAAUUUUUUCUCAGUUUUCGUUGCUGCACUUUUUCUCCUUUAACACUAUCAAGGUAACCUACUACAACGAUUUGCAUUCAGGAGUCCAAUUAAGCGAAGGUGACGAAAUUGCUAUCAUACCACCCAUAUAUAAGUGGUGGAUAAUACCUAUUCAUAAGUAAAAAAUUGUGGGAUUGUGAUAAAACGGGAUAUAAUGAAUCAUUUGAUACUUACCCGCGAUAUUUUAAAUGUUGGCGAAAUUAGCAACACCGUUACCGCUGAAUCUUGUGGAGCAAUAUCAUUAUUUGUCGGUACGACCCGAGAUUGUUUUGAGGGAAAAAGGGUGUGUUCAGUAGAGUAUGAAGCCUACGAAGCAAUGGCCAUUAAACAAAUUGAACUUAUUUGUGAGGAACUUAGGCGUCAGUGGCCAGACAUAGUAAACAUCGCAAUAUGCCACCGUUUGGGUUUAGUAAAAGUUCGAGAGGUCAGUGUCGUCAUUGCUAUUUCUUCACCACAUCGUAAAACAUCAUUGGACGCAGUCGAGGUUGCAAUAGAUGAACUUAAGAAGCGUGUGCCGAUCUGGAAGAAAGAAUUAUACGAUGAAAAUGAAUCCACUUGGAAAGAGAAUAACGAAUAUCAAUUUGGUGGCAGUGAUAAUUUAAGUACUUUCGAUGAAAGAAUGUGCAGCGUUGAAGAUUCUAAUCCAUUACCGAGUCAGUUGAUACAAAUUUCUGCUUGUGAAAAUGAAAUUAAAAGACGUAUCCAAUGUUUUGUCGAAAAGAAACGCGAUGAAAUCGAUCUGUGUAAUAUUAUGGAUUUUACCGAUGUCAAACAACAAAAACAAGUUAAUUCCCCUCAAGAGCUAAUAAAUUAUGAAAACGACAAUAAUUCAAUGACUUGUGCAAGAGUAAAUAGUACCGUUGUUAAGCAGGAAUAUUCCAAAUGUCAUUUGAAAGUAAAAAAAGUGGAGAAUAAUAUUGGACCGCAAAUGCGCCCCGACUAUUUAAAUGCACUUGAUAAGCUUAUGGUUCCCAUUGAAAGAAAAAAGUUAGAAUUACAAAAGCAGUGCUCAUCACAUCGUUCAAUAAAAGAAGAACAUAUGAUGUUAAAAUAUCCAACUAUCAUAGAGAGAUUAGAAAACAUUGAAGAACACAUUAACGUGCCACAAUCUAAUGUCAAAAAUAUAUAUCAACGUAUAAAAGCCAUAGAAGAUCGCAUACUUUAUUUGGAAUCAAUAUCACCUGAGUAUCGUCACUUUUUGGUCGAAAAGUCUCAAAUUGGAGAGACGAGCAAUAACCUUGAAUCGCUAAAUGAAACUAUACAACCGGCUGGUUUAUUGGCAUAUGACAGAAAAAUGUAUUCUGUAACUGACAUAGAUACUAUCAUUAACAGUUUCGAAAAACGGGAUCUGGAUCAUCAAAAUACCAACAUUUUAGAUAAAUAAAUAUAAAACAAAUUACUUGUAUAAAAAAAAUAAAAGUACAUUACUUUUAAAACUUGCCAAAACUA